AUGUUUUUUAUGAGAUCGCUCUUUACAGGGGGAGAUCUGGACUGGGAGCCAGAAGACAAGAAACCAUUCACCCUUAUAGACUACAGCUCAGCAUUCAACACAAUUGUGCCUGCUAAGCUCGUUCCCAAGCUCAGGAACCUGGGUCUUAACACCUCCCUCUGCAACUGGAUCCUGGACUUCCUGACGGGCAGACCCCAGGUGGUGAGAAUGGGUAACCUCACCUCUUCUGCACUGACCCUGAGCACCGGAGCCCCUCAGGGCUGCGUACUCAGUCCCCUCCUGUACGCCCUGUUCACGCACGACUGUGUGGCCACACGCAGCUCCAAUGCCAUCUUCAAGUUUGCAGACGACACCACCAUCCUGGGUCUCAUCUCCAACAACGAUGAGACCGCCUACAGAGAGGAGGUCAGUGUCUUGGCAACAUGGUGCCAGGACAAUAACCUCUCUCUCAACGUCUGCAAGACUAAGGAGAUGAUCGUGGACGUUCAGGAAGCGACAGGGGGGGGGUGCACCAUUGAGAGCAUCCUCACUGGCUGCAUUACUGCCUGGUACGGCAGCUGCUCCGCUGCUGACCGCAAAGCCCUCCAGAGGGUGGUGAAGACAGCGGAGCUGUGCAAGGGCAGUGCGAUACGAUGGGAUGAGCUGGACGCAGUUGUGGUCAGCCGCACCCAGCGGGGGAAGGGGGAGAGCUUUGCAGACCCCUCCACCUGGCGACAUGUCAGUCACACCGGCAUCUCGGUUGAGGCGCACAAGCGCACCAAACCCGUCAAUGCCCACUUCAGUGUCCAAAUCUCUGAGCUAACACCUACCAUCGACUGCGCCGAGCAGCCAACGCAUACCAUCGACUGCACCAAGGAGCUAACUCCCACUAUCAACUUCACCGAGGAGCUAACUCCCACCAUUGACUGCGCAUGGGAGCUAACGCCUACCAUCGACUGCACCGAGCAGCUAACUCCUCCCAUCGACUGCGCCGAGGAGCAACCUCCAACUAAGAACUGCGCUGAGGAGCUUGCUCCCACCAUUGACUGUGCAAAAGAGCUAACGCCUACCAUCGACUGCGCCGAGCAGCCAACGCCUACCAUCAACUGCACUGAGGAGCUAACUCCUAACAUUGACUGCACCAAGGAGCUGACUCCUACUAUUGACUGCACUGCGCAGCCAACGCCUACCAUCGACUACGCCGAGCAGCCAACGCCUACCAUCAACUGCACUGAGGAGCUAACUCCUAACAUUGACUGCACCAAGGAGCUGACUCCUACUAUUGACUGCACUGCGCAGCCAACGCCUACCAUCGACUACGCCGAGCAGCCAACGCAUACCAUUGACUGCACCGGGCAGCCAACGCCUACCAUCGACUGCGCAGAGGAGCGGCCUCCAACUAUCAACCGUGCUGAAGAGCUAACUCCUACCAUCGACUGCGCCAAGGAGCUAACUCCCACCAUCGACUGCGCAGAGGAGCUAGCUCCUACCAUCGACUGCACCGAGGAGCUAACACCUACCAUCAGCUGCACUGAGAAAGAUCUUACUACUGACUGUAUGAAAGACUCACUUCCUACCAUUGACUCUGCAGAGCGGCCAACAUCUAAACCUGACUGCGCUGAGAAAGAUCUUACUACUGAUUGUAUGAAAGAGCCAACUCCUACCAUCGACUGCACCGAGGAGCUAACUCCUACCAUCGACUGCACAGAGGAGCCAACUCCUACCAUCGACUGCACAGAGGAGCUAACUCCUACCAUCGACUGCACAGAGGAGCUAACUCCUACCAUCGACUGCACCGAGGAGCUAACUCCUACCAUCGACUGCACAGAGGAGCCAACUCCUACCAUUGACUGUGCAGAGGAGCCAGCUCGUUUCAUUGCCUGCACAGCAGAAUUGCACAGAGCUGUUGCCAUCGACAACCUCCUGUUGACAUUGCCUGUGCAGCCCCAGCUCUUACCAUUGACUGCCCAGAGCCGUUGUCCCUGACUGAUGAUCAUAAUGAGCAGAAAGAAGAACUAAAGAAGAAAAAGAAGAAAUGGUUGUUGAAGAAAGGAAAGAAGGGGACAAAGGAAAAGUCAGUAUCCCUGACAGUUCACUGCUCAGAAGAGUCAGUCCUGACCCUCGACUGUGCAGGGCUAACAUCGGCCCAGAACAUCGACUGUGCAGUGCAGACAUCGGCCCAAAACAUCGACUGUGCAGUGCAGACAUCGGCCCAGAACAUCGACUGCGCAGGGCUAACAUCGGCCCAGAACAUCGACUGUGCAGUGCAGACAUCGGCCCAGAACAUCGACUGUGCAGGGCAGACAUUGGCCCAGAACAUCGACUGUGCAGAGCAGGUAAUGGCCCAAAACAUCUACUGCACAGAACGACCUGCUGUUCCAAUUGACUGUGCAGCAGCUCUUGACAUUGACUGCACAAAGCCGCCGUCCCUGUCUGUUAGUCAUACUGACCAGGAAGAAGAAAAAGAAGAAAAAAUGGUCUUUGAAGAAAGGAAGGAAGGGGACAAAGACAGUCCACUGCUCAGAAGAGCCAGUCCUGACUCUCCACUGCGCAGAGCAGACAUCGACCUGUAACAUCGACCAUGCAGAGCAGACAUCGGUCCAGAACAUUGACCGUGCAGAGCAGCCAGCUCUUCCUAUUGGCUGUGUAGAAAAGCCUGCUCUGUCUAUUGACUGCACAAAACAACAAAGGCUGGAAUUCCAAAGCUGUAGGAAGUUCCAGGAGGAACACAGCAUCCAGAAGGAGACCCAGAGGAUUACAAUCGAUCACACUGUUCUCGGGUUCCCAAACAUCGGGAACACGUUACAUGAACACGACUCUCCAGAGUCUCUUCGGUCUCCGAAUCUUCACCCAGGACAUCAGGGGAGAGGAAGGCUGCUGGAGGUCAAAUAUAACCAUUUU